AUGGCAUCAGGAAGACCCAUGGAAGGUGAUACAAAUCACACUUCUGUUUUCAUGUUUGUUCUCCUGGGAUUCACAGAAGACAAAGAGCUGCACUUUAUUCUUUUUCCAAUCUUCUUGGGGAUUUACCUUGUGACUUUAAUCUGGAACCUUAGUCUCAUCAUCCUAAUCAGGAUGGACUCCCAUCUGCACACACCAAUGUACUUUUUCCUCAGUGUCCUGUCAUUUAUAGACAUCUGCUACACUACUUCCAUCAGCCCAAGGAUGCUUGCAGACUUCUUCAAGAAUGAAAGAACUAUUUCUAUCAUUGCCUGUAUCACGCAGUAUUUUUUUGGGUGCUGGAUGGGUCUUUCUGAGUGCUCCCUCUUGGCCGCCAUGGCCUAUGACAGAUAUGUGGCCAUUGGCAACCCUCUACAGUACUCGGCCAUCAUGGCCCCUGGGCUCUGUCAAAAGAUGGUUGCAGGGGCCCUUGGGUGUGGUUUCCUCAGUAGCUUAGUUCAAGUAGUCCCUUGCUUUAAUCUCUAUUUCUGUGGGCCAAAUAUCAUUCAACAUUUCUUUUGUGACAUGCCACAUAUCAUAUCCUUGUCUUGUUCAAACCCCUUCAUCAUCCAAAUAAUUAUUUUUCUGGUAGCUACUUGUGUUGGGUUUGGGUCUUUACUUCUUAUCCUCUUAUCUUAUGGUUUCAUUGCAGCUUCCAUCCUGAAAUUAUCAUCCAUCGAAGGUAGUGCCAAGGCCUUCAACACCUGUGCCUCCCACCUGGCAGUUGUGACCCUCUUCUAUGGCACAGGCCUCGCUGUGUACUUGCAUCCUAGUUCCAGCCACUCCACGAGACAGAACAAGUCUCUGUCUGUGUUCUAUGUUAUCGUUAUCCCCAUGCUGAACCCUUUUAUUUAUAGUCUAAGGAACAAGGAGAUCAAAGAGGCCCUCAAGAGAGUGAUAAAGAGGACAACACAUUUGUCUCAUUAA